UGGAAGUUUCUACCCGGACAGUAUAGAUGUUCGUACCGCUGGAUGGUUGUGUCACAGUGAAAGCAGUUCGGGUUAAUAAGUGGGUUAAAGGUCCUGCAGACCGCAGUGACAGCAGCAGCAGCUCUCCAACGGAUUUCUCAGAGGAAAAGUUGAGCAGAGCGGGAAGUAAAAAUGGCUAAACAGCAGCAACCGAUCAGCCCGCUGAAGAACUUAUUCGCUGGAGGUUUCGGAGGGGUUUGCCUAGUUUUCGCCGGACACCCACUGGACACCAUCAAAGUUCGCCUACAAACUCAACCCAAACCCAAACCUGGAGAGAGUCUCUUGUAUGCUGGAACCAUUGAUUGUUUAAAAAAGACCUUAGCCAAAGAGGGUGUAAAAGGACUCUAUAAAGGGAUGGCAGCCCCGAUAAUCGGAGUUACGCCCAUGUUUGCCGUCUGCUUCUUUGGAUUUGGACUGGGCAAGAAACUCCAGCAGAGGACGCCUGACGAUAUCCUAACGUAUCCACAGCUGUUUGCCGCCGGGAUGUUAUCGGGCGUUUUCACCACAGCCAUCAUGGCUCCUGGAGAGCGCAUCAAAUGUCUCCUACAGAUUCAGGCAACAACGGGAGAGGUGAAGUAUGCAGGGCCAAUGGACUGCGUCAAACAGCUGUACAGACAGUCUGGGAUCAGAGGCAUCUACAAAGGCACAGCUCUGACCCUCAUGAGAGAUGUUCCAGCGAGCGGCAUGUACUUCAUGUCCUACGAGUGGCUGAAGAACCUCUUCACACCAGCAGGAAAAAGGACCUCUGGAAUAAUGAGUAAUGUAGAGAUCCCAGCUGGUUUGAAGGAGCUGCUGCAGGGGUACACGGUGGAGGUGCUUCGUCGCAAGCCUCCUAACCUGGUGGAGUUUGCUGUUCAGCAUUUCACACGAAUCCUCGAGAACCAAAAGAACGAGCAGCAAGCCAGGAAGCACAACAGCAAGCCAGCGGGGAAGGAGGUCACUUUUGAACCAGUGUCAAAUAAAUCUAAUGAAAACGAUGAAGAUGAGGAGGUGAAGGAGACUCCCAGGUCCAGGACUGGUAGAAGUCGCAGAGUGGCAGUUUGUGCAGAGGCUUAUGACCCCGACGACGAUGCGGACGACAACACCGAGCCUCAGGUUGUGCAUCCCAAAACAGAUGAGCAGCGUCAACGGCUUCAGGAUGCAUGCAAAGACAUUCUGCUGUUUAAGACUCUGGAGAAGGACCAGUUCUCUGAGGUCCUGGAUGCCAUGUUUGAGGUUUUGGUCAAACCUCAGGACCACAUCAUAGACCAGGGCGACGACGGGGAUAAUUUUUAUGUCAUAGACAAAGGUGUGUAUGAUAUUUUUGUGGCGAAGGACGGAGCGAGUGUGUGUGUCGGGAAGUACAACAACAAGGGGAGUUUUGGGGAGCUGGCCCUCAUGUACAACACGCCGCGAGCUGCCACCAUCGUAGCAACAGACGAGGGCACUCUGUGGGGCCUGGAUCGAGCCACAUUUCACAGGCUGAUUGUGAAAAACAAUGCAAAGAAGAGGAGGAUGUAUGAGGCCUUCAUCGAGUGUGUGCCUCUUCUGAACUGUCUAGAGCUCUCUGAGAGGAUGAAGAUAGUUGAUGUUUUGGGAGUGCGAACGUUUAAUGAUGGAGAUCGCAUUAUAGCACAGGGUGAUAAAGCUGACUGUUUCUACAUUGUGGAAUCAGGGGAGGUGAAGAUACUGAUCAGAACCAAAACAAAGGCUGGCCAGCAGGAUAACACAGAGGUGGAAGUGGCUCGUUGCUCCAGAGGACAGUAUUUUGGAGAGCUGGCGCUGGUCACAAAUAAACCCCGUGCAGCAUCUGUCUACGCUGUGGGAGCGACCAAAUGUUUAGUGAUUGACAUCCAGGCGUUUGAGCGCCUGUUGGGGCCCUGCAUGGACAUCAUGAAGAGGAACAUCUCCCAGUAUGAGGACCAGCUGGUGGCGCUGUUUGGCUCCAGUGAUGAUUUAAAACACUAGUACACUGCAUCUAAACUGUGUAAAUAAUAGCAUGUAGCUCUAUUCUGAUCCCUCACAGGUGCAUUUAACACACAAACUGUUCCCCUUUUUAACUUUAUACUGUUAACAAAACAAAGCAGUAAGCCUCUGUAUGUAUCUGUCAACCCAAAGUUUUACUGAGGUCCUCUGUUGAAAUAAACUAUAGUAUGAAACCAAGCUUUAGGUUAUUAAGAAACCAAGGUGAUUCAGGAGCUUCCAUGAGCCUGAAUAACUUGUGCUUUGUAAUAGUCUGGAUAAUAAGGCUGGGUUUUAUUUAAUUUUAAAUAUUUAUUCUUGGGUUUUUCCAUAUUAGAUCGGUAUUUGAAACAAAUAAACUACAAAACCUGGAAAGAAAAUAAGGAAUCAUCUCAGUUGGAGGUUGUUAGGCUGAGCUAGGUUUUUUUCUAGCCAAAAAAUAAGAAAACUAACAAAAACACAGAUAUGACACAAAACAAUGUUGUUUAAUACCUGAAUAUUCCACCUUUGUAAAUUAGAGGUGUCCAACAUGUGGCCCUUGGAAUUGUUUUGUGGUGAGGAACUACAUAAAGGAUUUAUCUUUUAUUAACAUUUUAUGCUUUUAUUUUAAUUUCACAGUAAAUGGGGCCACAAACAUUCAGCGGCUUUUAAUCAGAAGCAAGCUUGGUCUCAGAUAAUCCUCCUAAAUACAGCAAGGAUUUUUCAUGAAAGAUUGUUCUUGUUGCUGAGAAUUUGCUAAAGAAUUUAUAAUUAUAUAAUUGUAUUAAAAAAACAUUUAUGGUGUAAAAUAAAUUCAGAUAUAAAACCUUG